AUGAGUAUUAAUAGCACCCACGAAAAUGAUCCUGUCAUUGAUACAGAUGAUGACAGCAGUUAUGCUCCUAGUACUGCUUUGGAAAGUGAAUCUGAUAUUACUGUUAUAACAACCGAAGAUGAAUGUGAUGGAGAUAGUAACAAUCAGUUGAACAACGGAACACCUAAAAAUAUUACAACACAACUAGAAAAUGUUGCAGAAGACGCUGAUGGAGAUGAAUGGGUCGACAUAGAAGAUACAACUCCGGAAUUUGAAGAAUGCCCGCACGAAUAUCAAUAA